AUGACACAGUGGUGGAAAGCUGUCCUCGUCCUCUCCAUACCGUGCUGCCUGGUCACAUUCGCUCCCUACAGUCGGCUUAUCCCGUCCACGUCGCUCGACUACCACGAUUGCUACGAUGGCCUCCAGUGCGCCCGCUUGGAGCUUCCCAUGGACUGGAAGGCGGGUGGCCAAGAGACAGUUUCCAUGGCCAUCCUAAGACGUCCAGCCAAGGUUCCCGUCACCGACCCGCGAUACGGUGGAGCCAUUCUGAUAAAUCCAGGUGGCCCGUCCGCGUCCGGGGUCGUCCACACUCUCCUGAGAGGGGAGAUAUUCCAGGAAAUCGCAGACGCAUCGGAAGAUGAUGAGCAGGGUCUCUUCUUCGACGUCAUCGGGUUUGACCCUAGGGGUAUCGGAUACACGACGCCCAAACUCGUCUGCUUCCCGGACAACCUUUCCCGUCACCACUGGAACAUCCAGGGCUCCUCGAGCGAGGCCAUCUCCUCGACAAAGGCGUCGUUCGCAGCAAAACUAUCGCAUGCAGAGUCUCUGACUCGGGCAUGCAUCGACGGGGCCGCUGGAAAUAAUGAUAGCGUUGCCUACUACAUGAAUGCGGCCCCCUUUGCCGAGGACAUGGUGGCGAUUGUCGAACGGCAUGGUGAAUGGCGGGAAAAGACAGCAGCCGCGUUGCUCGGCCUGAGAAAUGUCGAUGACCUGCGUCGACGAGACCUGUUGGUGGAAAACGGGGCGUCCCCCGAGAUGCAAGCUGCUUGGCAACGCACAAAGUGGCAUGUCGGGAGGGAAAAGCUUCUCUACUGGGGCAUGUCCUAUGGGACCGUCCCCGGGCAGCUCUUUGCCCACCUGCACCCGGAACGAGUCCACAGGGUCGUGCUGGACGCCGUGGUGGACACGGACGUAUAUCUUGGCAGCAAGUGGGAUGCUCCGCUCGCCCAGGCCGACGACAUCCUCGACUACUUCUUCCACACCUGCUCACGGUCGUCUUCGUGCCUCUUCAGAAGGGGGGACGAAAGGACUACACGGUCCCGCUACGACGCCCUCCUGGAUUCUCUUGCGCGGAGACCACUUCCCGUUUCAUCGCGAACCCUCGCACCCGACGUCAUCUCAGCUUCAGACGUCCGACGCCUCGUGAGGGAUUCCGUCUACACGCCGCUACAGUAUUUCGAAUAUCUCGGCAAGGUCCUCGUCGAUCUCGAGAACGGGGACGGGUUCACCCUGGCUGCCAGGAAGCAAUCAUUCCAGAAAUCGCCCAGCUUCGACAUAGAGAUCCUGGCGUCCAUCAUGUGUUCCGACAAUGGCGUCAUUGACGGCAUGUCCGACGACUCCUUCUCCGAAUACGCUGAAUCCCUAGAGAAUCGCAGCCAGGUGUUGGGAUGGUAUUGGGCCGAGAUGCAGAUGCUCUGCAGGUCUUGGUCGAUGAAGCCGAGAUGGCAUGUUGAUGGACCCCUUGGCGCCAACACGACUGAGCCCAUCCUUCUCAUCGGCACCACCCUGGAUCCGGCGACGCCACUCCACAGUGCCCAAAAGGUUUCGGGCAGAUUUCCCGGUUCCGCCGUGCUCCAUCAGGAUGGAGUUGGGCACUCCUCACUGAGCGCCCCCUCUUCGUGUACGGCUAGGACAAUUCGAGCCUACUUUCAACAUGGCAACGUGCCUCCGCCGUCGAAAAAGUGCGAGGUAGAUGCUGUACCGUUUCCUGAUCCCUGA